AAAAAAAAAAAUCCCACAUCCUUUUUCUUAAACAAACAAACAAAAAAAAUCCACAAGAAAAAAUUCAUCAUGAGCUAUGAUACCUUCUUCUCCUACCGCCGCCCUUGGGACAGCUACAGAGGCUCCCAAACCACCACCAAAUCCUCGAUGUCUUCCUCCCUCUACGCUUCUCCUCGAGCUCCUCCGUCCGGGAAGAGGAUCCAGAGGCUGGCCUCCUCUUCCCUGCCAGACCGGUCUGAGCGGAUGGACCUGGCUCAUGCCAGCUCCCUCAACACAGAGCUGCUGGGCGUGCGCUCCCAGGAGAAGGAGCAGCUGGUGGACCUGAACGACCGCUUCGCCACCUACAUCGAGAAGGUGAGGCACCUGGAGCUGCAGAACCGAGCCCUGCUGGCCGAGCUGGAGGCGCUGAGGAGGCGGCAGAGCGAGCCGUCCCGUCUGCAGAUGCUCUAUGAGGGGCAGUCGCGGAGCCUGAGGGCCAUGAUCGACUCGGAGAACGGCGAGAAGAUGCGGAUGGAGGCGGAGAGAGACUACCUGCAUGACGUGUAUGAGCAGAUGAAGGAACGCUUUGAGGAGGAGGCGAGGCGGCGCCUAGAUGCUGAGGAGGCCCUGCAGAGGGCCAGGGAGAAGGCCAGCAGGGCCGUGCUCUCCAACUGCGACGCCGAGGCCACCGUGGUCUCUCUCUGCGAUGAGAUGGUGUUCCUAAAGAAAGUCUUUGCAGAGGAGCAAGCGGAGCUGCAGGCCCAGCUGCAGGUGGCCAACAUCAGCGUGGACGUGGACGUGUCCCGUCCUGACCUCUCCACUGCCUUGCGGGACAUCAGGGCACAGUACGAGCGGCUGGCCAACAAGAACAUGCAAACGGCCGAAGACUGGUACAAGAGCAAGUUCGCGAGUGUGGCGGAAAUGGCCAGCAAAAACAACGAGGCCGUGCACGCCAUCCGGGAGGAGACCAUGGAGUACCGGAGACUGCUUCAGUCCCGCUCCUCUGAGAUCAAAUCUCUCCGGAACAUCAUCGACUCCCUGAACAAGCAGCUGGAGGAUCUGGAGGAGACGCAGGACAAAGAGGUGGCAAAGUACCAGAUGAGGAUAAGUGAGCUGGAGCGGGAUAUCACCGACGCCAAGCAGGAGAUGGCGCGCUACCUGAGAGAUUACCAAGACCUUCUCAAUGUGAAGAUGGCGCUGGACAUUGAAAUAGCUGCGUACAGGAAACUCCUGGAGGGAGAAGAGAUCCGUCUGGCUUACCCUUCCCUUGCCAUUCUUAACUAA